UAGUGGAUUUUAACCGCGAUAUGUAUUAUUUCUAUAUUGAUGGUUUAUGUCAGUAGUUUGUAACGAAAUAUAUGUCAUAGCCAGACGACAGAAGAGUUUUGUAACCUGAUACUUUACAAUUGCGCUGUAUCAUAUAGAAGUUUAAGCUUUUGUUUUGUUAGGAGAACAUUGAUCAACGUUGACGGUCAGCAGCGGUGUAAAGGAACUGGUUUACAAAAUACUUGAGCUGUUAGUUUUUUGGACGGACAGGACAAUGAAAACACCGACCCACUCGAAGGAUGGAGAAACACCUCUACCCCUGUCAGCUCUGCGCCUCUUAACCCCACCCCUGCGCCUGGUGUCUGCUGCCAUGUGGAAGGUGAUGCAACAGAGGGAUGCAGUCCAUUAUGGGAAACUGGAGGAGAUUAUAACAUCAAUCUUUGAGACUGUACCUGGGUUGCUCAAUUACAGACAUCAGGCCAGGCUGAGAAUGGGUUUACGGGCACUGAUGAUCUUGGAGGAGCUUCGCCAGUCAGAUCCUCCUGACACUCAGCAUGUCCUUCAGGAGCUGGGCAAGCUGCAAGCUUUCUCCGUAACCAAUGGAAAUAAUACGGAUCAGAAGGUGGAGGAAGCUAAACGCAACUUUCACUCCCUCGUGCAAUGUCUCCUAAAGGGACCAGCAACCAGAAAACAAUUCUUCAAGGAGGAUUUUCAUGUUCAGUAUGGAGGGCACUAUAUGGCCAGUCUAGAGAAGCUACUUUGGGAGUUUCUAACCAGAUUGGAUCAGCUAUUACCUGUUCCAGAUCUUGCUCAGACUGUCUCAUGGCUCAGUGCUGCCCCCACUGUUCUGGAGGAGUGUGCGCACUCUGCCUCUCAGCCCCAGCUCCUCAGAACUCUGCUGCAGCAUGAUAAAUGCCUCGGACACCUCGGAUCAGCAUCUCUUCUGUCCUCAACUGGUGACUCGAUCCUAUCCUCCCUUUCCCUCCCUCUUUCUGGCAAAGUGCUGCAUACCAUCCAAUCAGAAUCCACUCCCACAUCCAACAGAGUCAUAAGUUCUGCCCUUUUAACACCCAAAGCUUCUCGUAAAACAACACAUGUAACCUUGUCGCAGGUUGCACCUGUGAUUGGGUCAAUUUCCAUUAAAGAUCUCCAAAAAAACGUCCCAACCAUGAAGGCUGCCUCCACUGUAGUAAGAGAAGUCGAAUCAGCUUCAGAGAGAUCCAAAAAUACAUGGACCAAACAAAGGUCAUGUUCUGAAAAAAGGAUGUUACAGAAGGAUCCAGAACAGGAUCAUUUUGUUGGGAAUAUGCUGGUCUCAGUCAUUAGUCAAUCAUCAGAAAGUGAAGAAAAUAGAAAUGAUAGAGAGAGUAGUAGUGAGGGUGAAAGUAAACUAGAUAUAAAGAACAGUAACAGAGAAAAAGAGCGAUAUGUUCAAAGAAAGUAUUCACCCAAGAGAAACAUCCAAGGCUUGGGCUCACGGGAACAGACAGAUUUAAGUGCUCUUCACAUUUCCUGUAGGAAGCGACAACCAAAAGUUGUCAUUCCCAGGUUAAACAUCAGCAGUGCCAAUCUUCCUGUCCGCCUCAAUUACCUGACGGGCAAGCAAGAUGACACAAGAUCUCUGCAUCAAGCUAACGUAAAAGACAUAUUUGGAGUGGGAAACCGUGACUCAGUUGCACGAAAGAGGAAAUUAACUGAUUUAACCCCAACACCUCAAAAGCAUAUGGUGGACAUAAUCGAUAAACAAACCUUGUCUACCUCUCCGUGUAUCCCCCGUGUUCUGCAUUGCAUAAUGGCAACUCCAGAAACACCGUCUCACAUAACUGAUGACAUCAUAGUCGACUCUGAGGAUGAGACAACAGAUAAAGUCAGGAGAAAGACUGUCUCAUGGCUCAGUGCUGCCCCCACUGUUCUGGAGGAGUGUGCGCACUCUGCUUCUCAGCCCCACCUCCUCAGAACUCUGCUGCAGCAUGAUAAAUGCCUCGGACACCUCGGAUCAGUGCUGCAUACCAUCCAAUCAGAAUCCACUCACACAUCCAACAGAGUCAUAAGUUCUGCCCUAUUAACACCCAGAGAUUCUCGUAAAACAACACAUGUAGCCUUGUCGCAGGUUGCACCUGUGAUUGGGUCAAUUUCCAUUAAAGAUCUCCAAAAAAACAUCCCAACCAUGAAAGCUGCAUCCACUGUAGUAAGAGAAGUCGAAUCAGCUUCAGAGAGAUCCACAAAUACCAGGACCAAACAAAGGUCAUGUUCUGAAAAAGAGAUUUUAGAGAAGGAUCCAGAACAGGAUCAUUUUGUUGGGAAUAUGCUGGUCUCAGUCAUUAGUCAAUCAUCAGAAAGUGAAAAAGAAGAGGAGAGGGACAACAUAGAAAAUAGAAAUGAUAGAGAGAGUAGUAGUGAGGGUGAAGGCAAACUAGAUGGAAGGAACAGGAAUGGAGAAAAAGAGCGAUAUGUUCAAAGAGAGUAUUCACCCAAGAGAAACAUCCAAGGCUUGGGCUCACAGGAACAGACAGAUUUAAGUGCUCUUCACAUUUCCUGUACGAAGCGACAACCAAAAGUUGUCAUUCCCAGGUUGAACAUCAGCAGUGCCAAUCUUCCUGUCCGCCUCAAUUACCUGACGGGCAAGCAAGAUGACACAAGAUCUCUGCAUCAAGCUAACGUAAAAGACAUAUUCGGAGUGGGAAACCAUGACUCAGUUGCACGAAAGAGGAAAUUAACUGAUUUAACCCCAACACCUCGAAAGCAUAUGGUGGACAUAAUCGAUAAACAAACCUUGUCUACCUCUCCGUGUAUCCCCCGUGUUCUGCAUUGCAUAAUGGCAACUCCAGAAACACCGUCUCCCAUAACUGAUGACAUCAUAGUCGACUCUGAGGAUGAGUCAACAGAUAAAGUCAGGAGAAAGGUUUUCACUCAGCACUAUUGCAAAACAAAAAAUGGUACUUACGUGCCCACUCUGCAUGAGUACUGGAAUUCUAUGCUUUAUUGCCGAGAUGUGGCAUCACUUGGAAAAUGAUGAUGGAGCUACAUUGGAAUUUCACUCUUGCUUGUAACUUUGGGGCUACAGUUUUUGCUAUUAUGGAUGAUAUAUGUAAUUUAAUAUUUCUUCUUUUAAUAGACUUUGUAAUGGAGGAAAACUUACUAUACAUUUAUAAAUGUGCACACUCUUUAAUAGUCACUUAUUUUAAAUGAACCUGUAUCAUGUAGAAUGUUAUAUGUUGUCAUUCAAUUUAAAAAACGAACACAUUUUUUUAAAUUAUUAGUUUUCAGCUAUAUCUGUUUUGUCCUCUGAGGGAAAUAA